AUGAGGUUUGUAGUGCAACACGUGAAAGACCAGCUGGAACUCCAGUUUCCGGCAGGUUCCGAACGGAAAUCUGACACUUGUUUUAGUUCCUGGCGACCGGAGUUCGAUGGCCCUCGGAAAGAGAUCGACUAUGAGAACGAGAACAUACCAUAUCUCACCCGUCAGGAAAGGAUUGGAAAAGACGAUGACUGGAAAGAGGUUUUUCUAGUUGACCCGGAUGACAACGACAGUUUCCAGUUCCUGGUCAACCAGUGCAAAAGCUUUUUGGACGGCACGACUGGAAUUUCCAUUCGACCUGAUGAUGCAGAAGAUGGGAGCACUCCAUAUUAUAAUGCGUGGCUGGACGACCGCAGCCGUGAAGGUGGCGCAAGAGUGUAUCGCAAUCCCUUCACGGCAGAGGAGCUCAAAAAGAAACUAUCAAAGCCGCGAUAUCAACCUAAAACGCCUGGCAUAUGGGCCCAAGUCUUCACAGCUGUGGGCCUCGACAGGGGCGUCAUUCGCGAACUGUCUACAGGCGGUUUGAGAUGGGGAUCAACGCUAGACAACGAGCCAGAUGCAGCAAGGCGGUUGCUAUUCAUCACGGACUUGGAUUCGGAAACCGCCACUGUUCUUAUGCAAACUGCAUCAAACCAUCAAGCCAGGCCUCUCCGUCACGCUCUUCUCGACCACAUUACUAGCAACGAUGCUCACAUCAGUGUGAAGAUCCCAUCAAAAUCUCCUUCUACCUUUGAAAUGACAUUCAACAUACCGUUUUUUGCCUGGAGAGAUACUUUCCGCGAAGACCACCGAAAAUGGGCACACAGUAGAAAACCGUUGCGAGAGACAGUGGAUGUGUCCUUUCUCAAUCAGCAUCCCGGAGAAGUCCUCUGCAAAGGGGUACUUACGGCUAUGAUAUCCGGGUCUGACAUUGAGCAUUGGACUGCCUACCUCUUCGCCGAUACCUACUUUGAUGCCCAAGAUGAGGGCAGAGAAACCGUGCUCGAGUACCGGAAGGAUAAGGAGUCUAAGGAGGGAAUGAACGCAGACCCUUUGACCUACGGCGAAAUCGAUGCUGAUCUUCCAUUCUGGGACCCAAGAAAAUACUUCUUGAUUAUGGCCAGAUACAGACUUCAGCAAGUAGCAAAAGAAUGGACCCAGGUGGUGGCGAGAUUCGGCACAAGAUUUGCUGACUUCCAGAAGUCACACGGCCGCUUCUUGUCACAACCGAAGCAUUGCCGAUCCUCCCAAGAGCAAGAAGACCACCGCAACCAGCUUCUGUAUAACUACAACUGGGUCCUGCGAACGAACAGCAUAUCAAUGGACUUGGAGGAGACGUUGGGGGAGACCGUGGAUGCAAUUGCAGCCCUGCUCAAACAUGCUGCUUUCUUCGGAGAAGAGACGGGCCUAUUGUCUGAGAUCGAAGCCCUCUUUGAUCUUUUUAAGCGGCAGCAGAGGAAGAUUGAACGACUUUGUGGCAAGUGCAAUGCACUUUCUAAGAUGCUUACACUUCGUCUCGACCUCGAGGCCGUCAACGCGGGCAGAAUACAGAACCAACACGGAAUCGACAAUCACAACCUCUCACGGAUCACGUUGGUUAGUUCGCCUUUCCGUCCAACGCCAUUGGAAUAG